AUUAUCCACCCACUUACAUUCAGCUCUAUUUACCUUUCUCUUCCUCACACACACACACACACACACACACUGAUAAGCUUCUUAAGGAGGUAAAGCUCUCAACCGGCUGGAGCACCUGAAGGGCAGACAUCUUCAGAAAGUCAAACAGUUGGAGAUGAAUUUCAGAUUGCAGAUACUUGCUCAGAUUGCAUCUCUGUUUCUGCUCCUACACACGUGUACAGUUGAGGCAUCAGGAGUACCUGGAUUCAGAUGCCUUUGUCCUGUAUCUGUUAAAGCUGUACAUCCAAAGAUCAUAAAGGACUUCCACAUAAUUCCAAAGUCACCUUACUGCACCAAAACUGAAGUUAUAUUAACUGUGAGUUCCAACAACACAGAAAUGGAUGUCUGUCUGCAGGCUGGUGGGAAGCAAAGCCUCCGGCUGCAGAGCUGUUGGGAAAGAAUUCAGAAUGAUCCAAAGAAGAAGAACAAGUGCAUUCGGAGACUAUCAAGAAAGGGGCGCAGGAAGAAGGGACGCAGAAGCAGAGCUACGCAGCCGACGCACAAGCCAAUGUAACUCCCUUUUCCCAUCACAUGAAUUACUCCUCUCCAAUACGUGUGAUGGGUUGUUCAUGCAAGAAGGCCUUCCUAAUCCUGACUGCAUCCUCAAUGCUCACAAAGCAGUGAAAACAGCGUUAGCCUUUGAUAACUAAACCAUUCAUAUCUACUUGGCUCCACAUUAGCUUCAGAAAAGAGUCUAUGAAGCUAACCAAGAUAGGAACCAUCCUUCACCUUGGUGAAUGAGACAGUGUGUGUACAAACUACCCACCAGCCCAAGUUCCAAAUAGGUAAAAUACUUCAGACGAGAGAUCCUGCAGAUGCUGGAAAUCUUGAGCAAAACACGAGUGCUGGAGGAAUUCAGCAGCUCAGGAAAGGAACAAACAGUUGACUUUCUGGCCGAGACCUUCCAUCGGAUCCCGAUAAAGUCUCAAUCUGAAAUGUCAACAGUUUAUUCAUUUCCACAGAUGCUGCCUGACCUGCUGAUUUCUUCCAGCAUUUUGUGCGUGUUCCUCAAAAUAUUUUAGACAUGAUUCUUAAGGAAACAAUGCGUGUGAUGGAACUGUGGCAUUGUUCACACCAUUUUUAGAUUGUACACAUAGACAAAUGGAAUUAGUACAGAUAAAAUAAAUUCUUAUUCACCGUUGCCUGCACUUCUCAGUGUCUCAGAAAAGCAGCCAGUAUAAUCAAAGUCCCCACUUAGCCCAGGCUUUCUCCAUCCUGACUUGAAUUACAGGCUGACCUCUUCCCAACACCACUCUGAAAUGGCCACCAAACAGGCGUUUGCAGUGGUUGUCUCCAAACUUUUCUAUAUCAUGAAGAACAACAGGCCAAAGAAUUGUGGUAAAGUCUGUCAACUACAGCAAUCAAACACCACAGAGAGCGGUUCUGCAGAGUUCCACCUGUAGCCUCGACGGGAUCGUGUAACCCAACACACAAAUACUUAGCCAAACACAUACAAUUACAGAAUAUUCAUCUUUCAUAGUGAUUUUGUAUCACAAGUAUGAUGCUUUUGUAAUAUGAAAAUAUAAUUAGUUUAAUAAAUAACUGAUUCA